CUUUUAUCCUUCAAACAUCACCAGUUUUGUGGCUAAUAGAACGGCAUCGGACCUGUGAAAUUUUUAAUGUUGAUGUAUAGUUCAUGUCGAUAAAUUCUGGCUUAGGAAGAUAGAAGUAAGCUUCUCGAAAAAGUCAAAUUUGAAAAGAUGAGUCCUCGUGCCGUCUUGCUCUUGCCUCCGUGUUAGCACAGACGACGACUCUGCGGCACGGAGAAGCGGCUGCGACACUAUUUUCGGAGGAUUCCUACAAGAAACGUAUCAAUAAUUCGUCCCGUUGGAGGCAGAUACUACAAAGAAACUCAAUACUUCUUUAUUGAAUACAGUUGUCCUCUUUCUCACCAGAACCCACUCCAAAAUGGGUCGCGAAGCGGACGACAACUGUACGGUCUUCAUCUGCCUUGAGGGCAGCGCCAAGGCCAAUGUUCCGAGUCCGCAGGAACUGGGGCAAAAGCUAGCUUCCAAACGAGACGGCGACAAGAUCGAUGCCCUAGAACAGAUCAUCUUACACAUGGUCAAUGGCGAAUCCUCGUUAUCGACGCUGCUGAUGCAAGUGAUCCAGUACACUGUGACGUCGCAGAAUCACAGGAUUAAGAAGUUGCUCAUGCUCUACUGGGAGAUAGUGGACAAGUACAAGGAAAAUGGCGAAUGGAAGGAAGAGAUGAUCUUAGUGUGUAACGCUUUGCGGUCAGAUUUGCUGCAUAGCAACGAGUACGUGCGGGGGUGCACGCUGAGGCUCAUGUGCAAGAUGAGGUAUUACAAAUUUACGUUGAACUUUUCUAAGGGAUGUCCAUGAUCUAAGGGUUGUUGCAAAUAAGAUCUGUACUAUCAUGGUUUCAAAGUUACCUCAGAAGUUUAUUCGUCACUUUAAGAUAAGUUUUCCUUUUUAGGGGGAAAACUCCACCUCACACAGAACAACAUCCAACACACCUUCUAGGUAUUACAAAAUCCUGGAACCUCUUAUUGAGGCCAUUCUGAAGAAUUUGACGCAUAAGCACUCCUAUGUCCGACGCAACGCGGUGAUGUGUGUUUUUGCGAUUGUUAAGACGUUCGGCAUCGAGGUGAUUCCAACGGCACUAGACGAUAUCGAGCAGCUGCUCAUGGUGGAGGUAUACUCGAAAAUUUUGUUGUAUGCGAGUACUAGGUAAUGGUGCACCAUGCCUAUCGUCCAGCUAUCGUCCAGAAUAGCGACAUCAAGUAGCUUUUCAACAUUUCAAAUUUAGCCUUUGAAACGGAAAAAUGCCGCUAUCCAUCAUCAGGGCGACCUAUCCACGAAGCGUAACGCAUUCCUGAUGCUCCUCAACUGCGACAUGGAGAGAGCAGUUGGGGUUUUAGUGGCGAUGCAGGACACCGUAGCCACUUCAGGGGACUUGUUCCAAUUGGCAGUUUUGGAGUUGAUCCGUAAAUCCUGCCGAGGAACAGGCACCCAACAAAAUAAGGGAAAACUUCUGCGAAUUCUGUAUAACCUAGCGGAUCCGACGAUUAGCAGUUCGUUAAGUAGCACUGCGGUGGCCUACGACGUGGCGUCGAGUUUGGUACUGAGUCGUGGUUAUUAAAUUUUCGUCUAUGAGUAAAGAACUUCAUCCUGCUUACUCUGAUUACUCCAAGCCAAGUGCAAGAAAAGACAAUUAUACUUGUCGCCCAUCUUUCACUUUUCCUCCAGGUUUCCCUAACCGGUAACGCCCAAGCCGUCACGACUGCAGUACAAAACUACGUCAAUCUGCUUACGGAGCAGUCUGAUAACAAUGUAAAGUUGGUCGUACUCGGCAAGUUGAAGGAGGUCCGUAAACAUCAUAGCGAAGUUGUGCAAAACUUCAUCAUGGACGCCUUUCGCGGACUUUCAUCGCCGUCUCUCGAUGUCCGCAGAAAAGUCAUGGACCUGUGCUUGCCGUUGGUAUUGAGACGAUUAUACUUUUACAGAUUUACUCAUCUUCAAACAAGUGCUAGAGUACUUUAUAAAUCCAAGGAAUAUUUGGUUGCACCUUUGUUCUCGAGCCUCGUCCAUGCAAACACGCUCGGUUUCCCCAAUUGCCAAACACAAACUCUUCAGGUUUCCCCAAAAAACGUGAAGGAGGUCGUUGCUUUGUUCAAGAAGGAGUUAGUGAAAACCACUGGCACCGAAGUGUCUGAUAAGGAGCAUAGACAGGAGUACAGAAGACUUUUGCUGAAGGCGUUACACGUUUGCACGGUUCACUCAGCAGAGGAGGCGCAGACGCUGGUACUAUAUUUGAAUGUCUGACUUAGUUACUACUUUCGAUUUCGUUAGCAGUCUGCACUGAUAACUGUGCGAGAUUAAUUGUAUUUUAUUGUAUUGUAUUGUAUGAUCUGAGCACGUGAUAGACAGCACCGUUUGCUUCCCUCGUCCUGUACUUUUUUCUGCUUUGUGUAUAUUGAUUCUGUACCUCAAAAAUUAACAUACCUUAAUAUUGAUUCUGUACCUCAAAAAUACCUUAAAUAACCUCCCAUCAUUCGCAUCAUCUGUUAUAGGUUUACCUCCUGAUCGAUUUUCUGACGGAAACGGAGUACAAUUCUACGGCGAAUGACACGAUUAUGUACCUCCGUGAGCUAGUCGCUAGCUUCCCAGAAAUCCGAAGCAAUAUAAUAGGCCGUCUCGCGUCGACUCUGCCAGAUAUGCAGCAUAGCCGCGUUUUGCGGGGGUACAACUAGAGUGAUUUAGACUUCUGAUAUAGGGUUUUUGACAACUAGACGUGAUUUAGACUUCUGACUGAUGACUGGAUUUCGUUCUUCUGACUGAAGAUGACUUUUUCACACUAGGUUUUUGUUCUACUGACUGACGACUGGAAGAUGUCCACUUCUCUACCGAUGAAAAGGUGUUGCUUAUUCUCAAUUUCCAAUCCCCACACAACAUGUUGGAGAUGCCUUCAGGUCCCUCUGGCUCUUCUCCGAAUACUGCGAAAAAGACAACCUCGAAACUGUGAUCGGCAACAUCCUAGAAGUUCUUAGGCCCUUACCAAUGGUCCCCCAGUCCAAGGAAGAAGGCAAGCGCAGCCGCAGUAAAUCCAAGGAAAAACAAGCGAGCAAGGAGUCGAAAACAGUGACCAGGACAAUCAUCCUCGCUGAUGGAACCUACGGAACAGAGGCAGUGAAAGAGGCGACUGACGCUCCGGCAGAGGAAGAAAAGAAGGACACGAUGCUGAAACGACUAUUGCAGUUAGGUGACUACUUGUUAGCGAGUUGUCUUGGUGUGUGCUUGACGCGGAUGGUGUUGCGCCUUAGUUCGGAGAGCAUAAGCACGGAACUAAAGAACGAAGUUUUAUUCGUGCUGGCGAAUUUGGUGCGAUUAUUGAAAUCGACACAUCAGGUAUUCUCAUUUUGAGCAAACGUUAUGCAGCCAUUUACAUCACUUCUAAAUUGGGAUGAAAGAAUAAUUAUGGGCGUCUCUGACUCUCUUCAUCUUUCCUUUGACCAAGCCUUCCCUGUUGCUUUUCUCCACUUCCCCGGUCCACCCUUCUUCCUUUGCAUUUUCUAGGCCACCGAGCAGAACGACAGCAUGUUACGACUCCACCUCUGUAUCCGUCUCGUGACGACGCCGCCUGGUAAAGACCUGUCUCUCGACGGCGUGAGGCAAAAGUGGAUCGGCAGUACCGGUAAAGAAGACCUUCAACGAGUACUCGAGAUCGAAGCGCAGAAUAGUGAUUAAGGCUUCCAUUAUAAAAUUAAUCCAUCUUCUUGAGAAGCAUCAUUGUCCCCUAUUUCAAGAAGGGGAACAGACUGCAAAGAUGCCAUUCAAGAUGAAUAUAUGUGAGGUCUAAAGUUUUAGCAGUUAGCAGGAUACUUUAGUAUACUUGUUGACAGUUACCCUUUUCUCUUUUAUAUCUUCCUCUGGUCUGUCUUUUUUCUAGUUAGGUCGGCUCCGCCACAAUAUAUGUGAGGUCUAAAGUUAGUGGACCCGCGACAAGCUAGACGAAGCACACGAGGGCGCGCAACUAGUCCCGCCUAGUGAAGCCAUUUGCUUCCGUCAGCUCAGACGCGAUGGUCGCGACCGUGCUGACACCAAUACCCUAGACUUCGACGACGAGGGCGACUUCAACAUCGCUAGGGGUACAGCUGAACAACUGGAGAAAGACGGCUCGCUAUUUGGCGAACGAUUAGCCAAUGUCCAGCAAAUGACUGGUCUAGCAGAUGCGAUCUACGUAGAAGCGUUUUUACAGGUGCACAGUUUCGAUUUGCUGUUGGAAAUCCUGCUGGUGAAUCGAACGAACGAAGUAUUGCAAAACUGUACUGUGGAAUUGUCGACGCAAGGGGAUUUGAAGUUAUGGUUGUGAACUGUUGUUCUAACAUGAGACUCAUCUAUUGUGGUUUAGGUAACGCUUCCUUUAUCCCGAGUAGUUUCUUCCUUAGCUACAGUUGCGGACUAUACCCACUCUUCUCCUACCUUCUAAUCCUCAUGGUCGACCGUCCCGCGCCAGUGAUGCUUCCUCCCGGCGCACAGCAGAUCGUCCACGCUAGUAUUAAGGUUUCGUCCACCGAGACUGGCGUUAUUUUUGGCUACGUCAGCUAUGACAAGAAGUCUGCAGUCGACAAGGAGAGCAUCGUUCUCAACGAAUUGCAUGUGGACAUUCUGGAUUACAUCGAGAAGGGUUCCAUUUCGGAGCUGAAGUUCCGAACCAUGUGGAGCGAGUUUGAGUGGGAGAACAAGAUCAACAUCAAUACGCAGUUCAAAGAAGCUGGCGCUUAUCUGGUGCACAUCAUGCGUAACACCAACAUGAGCAUUGUGGGUCGUGCAGCACUGACAAAAGCCGAGAACGAGAAGCGCAAUCUGCAGAAUCUGCUUUUGCUGAGGAAGGAGUCCGCUCAGCGCGCCAGACGAGCAUCUAGUGCAAGCGAAAACGAGAUGCUCAACUCUGGCCUUGACGACAAGGAGGACAACCCCGUGAUGCAGGCCAUGCUCGCACCACCUUUAACCGGCAAGCAGAGCUCGCAUCAGGGCAGCAGUAAAGUCCUAGACCACACCAAUAUGCGAGCGCCGCCGAAGAGCAAGAAGCAUCUAGCCAUGGGCGAGAUCUUCACGCAAUUCGAGGAGGCCUUGGGCAUCAAAAAGCUCUUAUCUAGUAGUAACUUCGUGGGGUUGAACCUGUACUCACGGUCCAUCUUUGGCGAAGACAUUUUAGCGAAUGUCAGUAUCGAACAAAUCAGAGAUGCGCGUGGAAAGCCAACGAAAUUGAGCGGCUCAGUGCGAAUUCGAUCCAGGGCGCAAGGGAUUGCGCUGUCACUUGGUGACAGGAUUUCGGCUGUGCAGAGGUGAAGAGGUGAAAUUUAUUUAGCUAACGUACUUACACCAUACAACCUCUAUUUAUAGUCUGUAUCGACGCUAUUUCAUGAUUAUAGACAUGAUGUUGAAAGUUGUCACAACAUGGAAGAUAGCCUUCUACCCAUUACAAAAGUUGUACACGACAUACUUAAGAAACCUAUUGAAACUAUUAUCUAUGUAGAAAUUGUACAACUCAAAUUAUUCCUUCCUUCGUAGAACGUACGUCGUGGGACGCCACGACUCAUGAUUUCUGUUUUGUGUAUUAAUUAUUCAUCCAUAGUGCCAAUGUGCCAUAACUUUCACAAUUUUUUUUGGUAAGCACUGAUAACUACUUCCGAGAAGGAUAGAUUUUUCGGUGGUGGUUGAUUACGUUUGUAGGCCCACUCAACAUCCAGAAAAUCCCACAUCUUUAGUCGUCCUGAGUUCUCCCCUCAGUACCCUAAGAAUGAUGGACAGACAAGUCAACAAGAGGUCAUGACAUUGUGCUACCCGCCCUAAGCCAAUAGCCAUGACGCACCCGCAGCUAUGAUUUAGGCACAUUUAUCUCGUGUGCACCUCUAGUACCUGUAGAGGAUUCGCAAACGUGACGUAUGCCUACCCUUCAAGUUGGAUAGAGCACUGUCACCUGGAUCUUCCAGAGGGCAGAGUAUAACAGUUCUUUGUUGUCCUUGAAGAGGUUUCUGAGACACAAAAUGGAAAAAAGUUAAUCCACCUGUCAGUUCCAAG